AUGGUGGGCCGACCAAGCAAGAAAGCCAAGUUCUCGCGCUAUGUUGAUGUGAAUGAGGCUUGUCCUGCACCUGCAUACAACUGUUUUCAUUCCUAUGGAAUACAGCACAAUGGCAAGAUGUCCGUCGACACUACAUACAUGCUUUCUCAACCCGCCGAUGAAGUUCCAAUCCCCUCGUCUCCUAUUUUACCGAGUGCCAAUGAUUGGAAUGAAACCAUAUAUCAAGACCCUGUCAUAUCCCGCAUUCCGGACCAACAUCUGACGACGUUCCCACGCCUCAUCCGGACCUCCGGACCUCCUGUCCAUGUCUCCAGACCCAAUCCUCUAUCCGUCCGGAUCCCUGUACUCCUGCAUCUGAUAUCCGGACGCCAGAUCUGA